GGGAUCUGUUUCUGCUUUUAUUUUAUAAAAAAUCAUCAUUUUCCAUAACCAACUUUGGGUAAUCAUUGAUCAUAUUGAUCAUGAAUAAUAAUAAUAUUAUGAAGUUUUUUGUGGUAUAAAUUUUCUCAAACGUUAGAGGUGUUUUCUGCACGUAGAUUGGAAGUUUUAAGUGGGAGAAGAAAAUGGAGCCGAUGUACAUAAAAGAUAUACGACCCGACUCGAAAAACGUGAAUCUGACGUUCAUAGUUUUGGAAGUGGGAAAUCCGACUUUAUUGAAGGACAACCGGGAAGUGCGGACGUUGAAGGUGGCCGACGCCACAGCCUGCAUCAACAUGUCAUUGUGGGAUGAGCCUGGCAAACUGUUGAUGCCAGGUGACAUAGUGCGCAUGACCAAAGGCUACGCGUCAAUUUGGCGCGCAUGUCUCACACUCUACCCCGGCAAAAAUGGCGAUUUGAACAAAAUCGGCGAGUUCUGUAUGGUUUUCAACGAACAGCUCAACAUGAGCGAACCCAACCCUUGUUUGAUGGGUGGGUCAGGGGGGUCUAGUGGACCCCCCAACGGCGGGAAUGGGGCUGGGGGGAGGCGGCCCCCAUCAUUGUUAACCCCCACUUCGGUCCCGGCAGCGACGGUAACCUCACAUCAACCGACACAAAAUCAAUCGAGCGCGGUUAAGAACAGUGGCAGCCGGUACAGUAACGAGCCGCCACAGCUGACCGCGCAGGUGCCUCUGUCGGCCGUCAACAAGUCGAAAUCGGGAUCGAGGGGUGAUGGAGCGGGAGCUGGGGGAGGGGGAAGGACUGGACAACGUAACUCGUCUACAGUGCGGUCAGAGAGACGUCAAUGAUUUGACUUUAGGAGUGUGCAACUCUACGGUGCGAUUCACUUCAAACUGUCAUCAUUUCAUUUCAUUUAUUCAUAGACAAUAGAUACAAUACAGGU